AUGGGCCAGAGGCACAACAGACGUCGUACACGACCACGAUCCCGCAAUCGCAGCAUCGAUAUCUCCUCCGUCGAGCCUGCUUCACUUUCGGCCAGCUGUCUGAAUCCAGCUACCUCCCAUACGGUCAUUGCCGCCUAUGACUCACUAGACGCCAUACCGAUAUACCCCGCCCCAACCUGGCACAAUGGGUAUAUGAUAUGGCAGAAACGUGAUCGCACUUCGCGGCUAGAGGCCGUCGAACUGGAAGCAGAGAGGUAUCGCGUUUUUGGUGGUGUACCGGGGGAUGAUGUCGGCCUUUGCUAUCGCAUGCUUGAGUACUUUGGUGGGCUUGACUAUAUCGACUCUUCACAAUGUUUGACACCAUUGCCUGGGUGA